GCUGAAAGUUUGCAGAGUCCUCUCAGGGGCCUUGAUUGGCGGCAGGAGGAAGGCAAGGGCUGGAAGCUAGAGAAGGCUGGAGCUGGAAGGCUCUCCGGCGGCGAGAGGUCCUGCCCAGCUGUUGGCGAGGAGUUUCCUGUUUCCCUCCCGGCGCCCGGGUAAAGUUGAUGAGUGAGUCACUCGCGCGCACCGACCGACGACACCCCCCGCGCGCGCACACGCUCGCCUGGGGGACGGAGCCCCAGCCUUCUGCGCAGCUCUCCUCGGCCGCCGGGGGCCUCCUCCGGGCCUCCAAGCUCCCCGGAUCGCCGGCCACAUCUGGCCCGCACCUCUGUCCGGCGCGCUCAGGGCGGCCCAGGCACCCUGAGAAGACGAGGAGUAAAGGCGCAGCCCGGGGUCCCCGAGGCUCGGUUCGCGGCGCCCCAGGGGCCGGUCUAUGACGAGCGACGGGGGCUACCAUGGGUCGGGGGCUGCUCCGGGGCCUGUGGCCGCUGCACAUCGUCCUGUGGACGCGCAUCGCCAGCACGAUCCCGCCGCACGUUCCCAAGUCGGAUGUGGAAAUGGAGGCCCAGAAAGAUGCACCCAUCCACCUAAGCUGUAAUAGGACCAUCCAUCCACUGAACCGCUUUAACAGUGAUGUGAUGACCAGUGACAACGGGGGAGCAGUCAAGCUUCCGCAACUGUGUAAGUUUUGUGACGUGAGAUCAUCCACUUGUGACAACCAGAAGUCCUGCAUGAGCAACUGCAGCAUCACGGCCAUCUGUGAGAAGCCACACGAAGUCUGCGUGGCUGUGUGGAGGAAGAAUGAUGAAAACAUUACACUGGAGACCGUUUGUCACGACCCCAAGUUCACCUACCACGGGUUUGCGGUGGAAGACUCCGCUUCUCCCAAGUGUAUCAUGAAGGAAAAGAAAAGGCCCGGUGAGACUUUCUUCAUGUGUGCCUGCAACGUGGAGGAGUGCAAUGACCACAUCAUCUUUUCAGAAGAAUACACCACCACCAGUCCUGACCUGUUUCUGGUCAUUAUCCAAGUGACCGGUGUCAGCCUCCUGCCUCCCCUGGGGAUUGCCAUAGCUGUGAUCAUCAUCUUCUACUGCUAUCGUGUCCAUCGGCAGCAGAAACUGAGCCCAUCCUGGGAAAGCAGCAAGCCCCGGAAACUCAUGGAGUUCAGUGACAACUGUGCCAUCAUCCUGGAGGAUGAUCGUUCGGAUAUCAGCUCUACGUGCGCCAACAACAUCAACCACAACACGGAACUGCUGCCCAUCGAACUGGACACCCUGGUGGGAAAGGGCCGCUUUGCUGAGGUCUACAAGGCCAAGCUGAAGCAGAACACUUCAGAGCAGUUUGAGACUGUGGCCGUCAAGAUCUUCCCCUAUGAGGAGUACACAUCAUGGAAAACGGAGAAGGACAUCUUCUCAGACAUCAACCUGAAACACGAGAAUAUCCUGCAGUUCCUCACUGCUGAGGAGCGGAAGACAGAGCUGGGCAAGCAGUACUGGCUGAUCACAGCUUUCCAUGCCAAGGGCAACCUGCAGGAAUAUCUCACAAGGCAUGUCAUCAGCUGGGAGGACCUGUGGAAGCUGGGUAGCUCCCUGGCCAGGGGCAUCGCUCAUCUCCACAGUGACCACACGCCUUGUGGAAGGCCCAAGAUGCCCAUCGUUCACAGGGACCUCAAGAGCUCUAACAUCCUUGUGAAGAAUGAUUUGACCUGUUGCCUGUGUGACUUCGGGCUGUCCUUGCGCCUGGACCCUACUCUGUCUGUGGAUGACUUGGCCAACAGUGGACAGGUGGGAACUGCAAGAUACAUGGCUCCUGAAGUUCUAGAAUCCAGGAUGAAUUUGGAGAACGUGGAGUCCUUCAAGCAGACAGAUGUCUACUCCAUGGCUCUGGUCCUCUGGGAAAUGACAUCCCGUUGCAAUGCGGUGGGAGAAGUGAAAGAUUAUGAACCCCCGUUUGGUUCCAAGGUGAGGGAGCACCCCUGUGUGGAGAGCAUGAAGGACAAUGUCCUGAGAGACCGAGGACGGCCUGAAAUCCCCAGCUUCUGGCUCAACCACCAGGGCAUCCAGAUCGUGUGUGAGACACUGACAGAAUGCUGGGACCAUGAUCCUGAGGCCCGCCUCACAGCCCAGUGUGUGGCAGAGCGCUUUAGUGAGCUGGAGCAUCCGGAUAGACUCUCUGGGAGAAGCUGCUCCCAGGAGAAGAUUCCAGAAGAUGGCUCACUGAACACUACCAAAUAGCUUUUUCUGGGCAGGCUGGGCCAACCCUCCAGAAGCUCCCCUCUCACCAAAGACCCGAGGCAGUGGGAUGCUGUCCUGACUGAUGCUUCUGGGAAACCAAGGACUUGCUCCCUUCUUCCCUGAUAGCUGCUCCAUGUUCAGAAACAACUGCAGCAACAGCAACAGCAGCAGCAGCAGCAGCAGCAGCAGCAGCAGCAGCAGCAGCAGCAGCAGGGGCCAAGUAACAGAGAGCAUUCUAUGCCUUGGACUUUGUCAUGGCAUAAGAUGUAUUAGCACCUCCUCAGGAAAUGAGAUUGAUUUUUACAACAGCCAAUAACAUUUGCACUUUAUUAAUGCCUGUAUGUAAAUAUGAAUAGCUAUGUUUUAUAUCUAUAUAUCUAUAUAUGUCUAUAUCUUUCUAUCUAUAGCCAUACUCUGCAUGGAGACAAAGAAAAAGAUCAAAUGUUCCCGGGAAAUUAGUUUUUAUUGGAGAGCUCCAGAAUGGAGCAGAAGGGGCUCGGGACAGCCUUAGCACUUGACAAUCAUACACGCAAUGGUCCCCUGAAUGUGGGGUUGGGGGGACAGUUGCAUGAGAAGGAUCCAUGCCUCACAGACUGCUUUGGCCACAAAACACUUUGUUUUGCAAUAAUUACCCUCUACAUGAGGGUGCUUCCCUAGACAGGGAGCUAAGUUCCAGUCCACCACUAUGUCCCAGGGUCUCCCGUGUGCCUUACUUUUCAUUUUAUCAUGGACAUUCAAGCCUAAUAUCUGACUUGUGAAUCUUCAGGCUUAGCCUAGAAACUUGACCCCAUCUUUCCACUUUCAUAAACUACCGGAAUCAAAGAAGACAGUUUCCUCACCCAUAAAAUUGUCCCACCAUCUACUAAUAGAUUGUGUCCUUUGAUUUUCUUCUGUGCCUGAGUUACUAUUAUUCAUUCCCAGCUGUUAUCAUUUGUUUAUUGUGUCAUGUCCUACAUCCAACACCGCUGGCUCAUUGUGUUUAAUUUUUGUCACUUUCCUGCUGGCGUUUCUAGCUUGCCAUGGUAGCACCAAAGGGUUCUAUCUUCCCAGGUUCCCAAAUCCCAUGGCAGACAGGAUUUGAAUGACACACACUGCCCAUACUGUACAACUGUGUCCAGGGACACUUUGAGACCAGAUUUUGCUUGGUCAGCACAAUGUCUGAAAAAGUUGAGCUUCAUUUUAAGUAUUUGAGAUGUGACAGAAAAAUCUUACUUCUAGAUAAGGAGGGAAGGGAUUCCUGGGUCCCUCUCAGAGGGCAUAAUUUACAGCAAGAAGGUAUGAUUCUGUGACACACAGCUGCUUUGUUUCUCACUGGUAAGCAGUCAGUCUUCACAUUACCCACACCUACCCAAGUGUGGAAAUGAGAGCUGCUCCCAGUCAAGAGCCAUUAAGAAAUGAGCAUUCGGGAGCUGGAGAGAUAGGUCAGCAAAUAAAAAUGAGUGCUUCACAAGCAAGAGAACAUGAGUUCAAUCCCCCAGAACCCAUGAAAACAGCCAUGUUCAUUGGAACACACUUGUAAUCUCAGCACUGGGGAGGUGAACAUCUCUGGGAGCUUAUUGGUCCGCUAAGAAGAUUGUGUCUCCAAAGCAAGGUGAACAAAUAACAUCUAUCCUGACAAACAACAUCUAUCUUUGACCUUUGACCUCCAGACAUACAUAUACCACAUGUGCAUCCUCACAUGCAUACACAUACUAGAAAUGUGCAUUCAUGCCACCUCGCUUUGGUAACAUGUUAAACUGCACAUACCUUGUCUGGUGUUAUGAUUUGAAGCUGACCAUGAAUUGGACCUCAGAGGACCUCCUGUGCAUCAUUCCCAUUAGGUCAAAGUCUCUUUUGUAUGCAUAUUAAGUUCCAUUUGUCUCUGCAAGGGAAGCUCUCUGCUCUAUGAACCUUUCUUUAUGGUUCUUGGUCUCUGCAUGGUCCUAACCUUUGUAGAAACUAUGAGCGAGGAUUUGAAUAGGGGACGUACAAAAGUCCCAUGAAAAGUCUGGGAAUAUGUGUCCACUUGGAUGAGAGCAAAGAAUGUGCUUUAAUAGGAAGCUUGUUAAUCCACCAACAAAUGUGGAUGUUGCAAGCAACAGCUUCUUUCUUUAAAGUGUGUUUUUGAAGCUACUUAUUUUCAACCAAAUAGGAACAUGAUUGAAGGACCACCAAGGAGCCUUUUAUUCUGUCUGGACCAUGGGAAGCCUCAGAUCACAGGGGUUUUAGGAUACAUGGUCAAGUUGUGGGUGGGACAAAAGUCUAUGUACUCUGCCCCAUGGACGUGUGCUGCGCAACACCUUGGAAAUCCCCCAAACCCACUUGCACCUUAGGGCUUGCUGAUGCCCUCCCAAUAGCUGUUGUUCACCGCCCUCUAGCGGUGAAUUUGUAGAAUACCGGUCCACUAGUGGGAUUUCUAGGGUUCAAAAGUGAUCUCACUUCCGGGUCAUCAUCAGAAACUGGAACACAGUAUCAUGUUACUGUGGCUUGUUUUGUUUAUGUCAUUUUUUUAAAAUCUUAUUCAAGAAAAAGACCAAGGAAUAACAUUGUUGUCAUUCCUAAAAAUGUUGACUUCUGUUCACUACUCUGCAUAAAAGGAAGGUUUUAUUCUUUUAUUGAACACUUCAGCCAUACUCAUGUAUUAAAAUAGGAAUGUGAAUGCACAAUAUUCUUUUAUAUCAAAAUCUAAAGCACUUAUUUUCAUUCUAUGCCAUUUGUCUUUUAUAUAAAUAAAAAUGUCUAGUAGAUCAAAUAAAUCAAAAGUUCAUGGAC